CUUUUUUCUUUGAAGCCACAUCCUGCAAAAACAGCUGACUUCUGCAGCUGGGAGGGGAAAUGGGAGAUCGUAUGACAAGCGGUAAACAGGAAGGCAGGGAAAGGGGCUCUCCCUCUCCAGGCUGCUUCUGGCUUCCCCCGAGAAGUCAGAAAGAAGACCCUCCCUGGGACCCAACCGAGACCAGGACAAUUAAGACUCAGCUGCUGCUCCCUGGGGCGGGUGCCGUGGCCCUGCUCGCUUCCUCCUGGGAUCAGUGAUCUGGCAGCCCUCCGGAGAAAGCUGCUGGGGACAGUCCACGCCAUUUCCUGCCUUGGUCUCCCUCGCGAUGGCUUUUCCGUGGAUCCGGCUGCUCUUCCUCUUCCUCCCCCGCGUCCUGUUUGCUUCGGUCCAGCCGUGCGAAAUCCCUGGAGGAAACGUUCAGCCUAUCCAGGCGCUGAAUUCAGAGCUCUUAAAACUGGCGGGCAAUGAGUCCCAGGAGCCAAGUCCCAGCACCUAUUUGGGCCUUCGACUUUCUAACAACCAUAAUCUGGAGAAGGAAAGUCAGUACCUCAACCGACUGAUGGAUAUCUUUCAGCCUCAAAGCAGCAGCUCCAGGGUUCGUUCCGAAGCCAGCUCCCAGAAGCAGCUGGGGACAGGACAGCUGGCUUUGUACCUCCUUGCACUGCGGGCUGCUUGUCACAACAUGGAUUCACCUGAGGGGAACCGAAUGGUGACCCAGCUGAAGCUUCUCUUGAAUAGAGAAAAGAAGCAGAUUGGUCUGAAGGAGAAAAGUCACCCCAUCACCAACUAUUACCAGUAUAGCUUGGGGAUCUUGGCCUUGUGUGUUCACAGCAAGAGGAUUGAUCCUGACGUGAUCAGGAAGCUGCUGUCUGCCGAACAGCAUGGCAAAUUUCAUCACCACGGGACACUCUCCGUAGACACCGAAACAAUGGCAGGUCUGGCUUUGGUCUGCUUGGGGCAAGCCCCUGGAUACCCCCACGACCUCCUGGCCAGCGUGAGGAAGGCUGUGCAGCACGUGAAAGCAAAGAUCCUGCAGGCUCAGACGCGAGAGGGGCUUUAUGGGAACCUCUACAGCAGCCCCCUGGCAGUGCAGUUUUUGAGUGCGGCUGGGGUGAGGCAGAGUCAGCCCGCGUUCUCCCGGGGCAGGGCUGUCCUGAUUCAGAGGCUGCAACGGGGAGACUUCCAAAACGCCCUGAUCCAGUCCCAGCUGCUGCCUGCGCUGUAUUGCAAGAGUUACUUGGACGUUGCCAGCAUGACGUGCCAAACCCAGACAGAGAACUUGAUCCCUGAUGCUUCACUGCAGAAACCUCAGGGGAUUGACCGAACACAGAAUAUUUCUGUCAGGCUGGAGGCAAGGAAGGCCUCGCAGUUACUGUACAGCCACUUCGUGGAAGUCCCCUUGGGCUCGACUCUCCUGGAUGUGCUGGAAGCUGCAACCAAAGAUGGUCUCCAGCCUUUGAGGUUUGAGACCCAGAAAACUCUCUCUGGCCCAAUGCUGACUGGAGUGAUGGGGGUGAAGAUUCAGGAAGGCGAACACAAAUACUGGAAGAUUCUCCGGCAUCCGAACAGUAGUUUGGACCAAGGUAUUGCAGAAUACAUCCCAAAAGAUCAAGAACACAUUAUUUUGAAGAUGAGCUCUUGGUAGAGAUGGACCCCGCCCUGCGGGCACGUCUUGGUGGGCAGUGCUGUCUCUUCACAAACCACGGACAUGUGCGCAGACUUGUCCUCAGAGAGCUGCAGAAUGUCCUCUUCCUCACCUCUUGGAACACAAGGACUAGAAUCCUGGUCCUUUAGAUAGCUGUUUUUAUUUCCGUCCAAGACCAGCGAUGUAAAAAAGAAAACACAAAUAUAACAACAAAUCACAGAAUGCACAACACUGUACAAUUUUGUAAAACUGAAAACACAGGAGGAGAGUUGGCCUUACAUCUAUGGAUCAAGCUUAAUAGCACUCAAGAGCCAAUUUGGUGUAGUAGUUAAGGCACCGGGCCACAAACCGGGAGACCCUGAGUUCUGUUUCCUAGUAACCACGGUCUCGGAGACCAAUUUCAUGCCUUGCUAGUAAUGUUUGGAUUUGAAUCAGAUAAAAGGAAAGCGGCAGAAAAUGUGUUCCAUCUAUCCUGGUAGUUACUCAAAAGAAGGGUUAUAGUAGAGGUGGGAACCCUUAUAAAAGGAACAAUAAAAUAAAAGCUUGGUUUGCACCAUACAAUAAACCAG